GCAGCCCACAUCUCGCCAUCAUCUUCAUCUGGAUCAUUCCAUGACGUCUCUGGAUUUCUAGGCGCUGUUGGGCUUUGUUCGGUACAGCGUACGUGAGGUGAAUGAAAUUUACCAUCAUUGGUUACAAAAACUAGCCAACGUAGAAAGGAAUACUGCGUGGCCUUGCGAAAGAAGGUCACAAAAUACAUGAGCUGAUUUUCCCCUGGAAACCGGAAUCAGAUCCAGGGCACCCUUGUUCCGAUUUGAGGGCUUCAGAGAAACAAGGCAAACAAAAACACCCUUUGUUACAUAAAUGCAGGAAUAAUAUCAAGAUGUCACCGUCUGCAGUCGUUGAUUUAAAACUGGUUGAAACAACUGCAAUCUUACUCGUUUACAACUAAAUAGAUUUUACUGACCGCAAGAGUAAGCAAAUUUUCGAGAUAAGAGGAAGACUUUUCAUUAAACAGCCUGUCGGAUAAUCAGCGCUGACUGACGGUUGAGAAUAUCACUUCAACCACCAUCAACGCCAAAAGUGCGACUCUCGACUGAGCUUUUCAGAACGCAAGAUGUCUCAAGCAUACUCUCUCAAACUGGUUAUUCCACUCAGCAUUUUGUCACUGAGUGUUAUAGUAACGAACACACUUGUCUGCUUGUUGGUGUACAAGGUCAAAUCAAUGCGGAACUAUACCAAUGGAUUUGUAGUAUCGCUCGCCAUUUCUGAUAUUGUGACAGGUGUUGCUUUCCUCAUCCAAUACAACGCCAAGCUCCACGAAUGGUCUCGAGCAGCACUUAACGUCUUGUACGCCAUUGUGCUUUUCGUGGGGGCAUCAAAUCUCUGCGCAGUGACUUAUGACAGGUAUUUGGCCAUUUUGCACCCAUUCUCAUACGCUGAAACAAUAACGAAAGUUUUCAAAAUCGUCGUGCCAAUAAUUUGGAUUUUCUCGGUGGUGGUCGCAUGUAUACCGCUUACGUGGGAAGGAAAUACGACUAUUCUCCACACCAGAAUUUACAUCGUCUUCUUUCUUACCAUUUCCAUAGCUCUUCCUUACGUCUUGAUAGUCUAUGCAAAUUAUAAGAUCUUUCGAUUAGUAAGGCAAUGUGUGCGACGCGAGCGAGAACUGAGCAUCUCCUUGCAUGCUUCGAAUUCGAAGGCGGAUACGAAAAAAAAAUGCACGCCGAGGAAGAUUUCCUCUGAAGCUAAAGUGGCAAGGGUCUUCGCUGUAGCAUCGUUGAUGUUUGUGUUGAGCUAUUUUCCAACUUUAUUUUGGUCGGCAGCGAAUGCCGUGGGCCAUAAAGAAGUGGUUCCCAUGCUUUUACUAGACUUCUCACCUUUCUGCGUGGUGUUUGGAUCUCUUGUUAAUCCCAUUUUGUACUCGUUCAUGAAACCGGAUUUUCGUAGAGCCCUGAAGAAAAUUCUUAGAGGAAAACGAGCCUAUCUGAACGCGAGAAGAUCUCAGAAAUCGUCAAUGCCAAGCAUUGGAGCAACAAACACCACACCAAUUGUGUCGAGGAAGGCAAAGGAAACUCUGGUUCAUAAUGGUGCAUUUUGCAAAGGGAGCGAUCCUAUCGAGAGCAACGUCUAACAAAACAGACUCGAAGAAUGAUGGAGACGACAUUGAUUGUAAUUAACACUUGAAAAUGUGAAGAAGUAAGAAUAAUAUGAUAGAAAUUUGAUAGUGACAUUGAUAUUAUUAUCAUUAUCACAAAGUCAUUAUUUCUUUUAAGAGACAUUCGUGAUUUACAUCAGUGUAAAGCAGAAGUAUACUCCAUCUUUAAUCAUUUCUGCAUGAUGUCUGAGUUGAAAAAAAUAAAGCAUCCUUUCCAAACUAUAAUAAUAUUAU